UUUGACCUCUGAUUUCCACGGUAAAGCUCGAGCUCCUCUGUCGUUGAUCACUGCUGUUUCUUGUGUUUUGAAUGGUGAACCACUUCUCAGCUGAUUUGUUCCAGGAUGGCAGAGGAGGCAGAGCCGAGUUUAUCUCAGCGAGCGGAGAGGAAAGCUUUGGAAAAAGCGAAAAUCCUACAAAGAGAGAGCGAGAGGAAAACAUUCAGACUGGUAAGACGAGUUAACGCAAGAGCUGGAAGAACUGAGCUAACCGGCUAAAGUAGCUGUUGUUCACUGUGGCUCAGGUGUUUUAAAUCAGUCAGUUCGACCAGGUUUUUUCCUCUCGACUUGGUUUAAGGUUGGACGGGUGCUGAAGAAACCCGAGGCUGAGCGGUCGGAGGAAGAGGCCGCGGUGUUGCUGCUGCACAGAGACACAGUGGAGGAGCUCUGCAGGAGACAAGUCCGCAGGAAUGUGCUGAAGAGGAAGCAGGAGGAGGUGAAGGAAACAAGGACCGUGUGAUCAAGAUGGAUCUGAUCCACAGAGGUCCAUACUCUCAGAGUCAAAGAGUCAGGAUAAUUCAGUGAUGUCUGACUCCAAAAGUGCCUGUAAUAAAACUACAGAGUCAUGAAAACACUACUAAAGUGAAAGUAACACAAAGUUUGUAUUAACAUGAACGUGUGAUAAUGUACAUACAUGAGAACACUACCACCAUCUCACUGGUUAUGUCUCUUUAGAUAUGGAAUAAUGAUGGUUUUAAUUAACUUUAAUGCUGUUGCCUGUAAUGGAGCAAACUGGGCUCAUCCCACACCAAAUGAUUGUCCGUAAGAGGCAUGGACUUGUAUGCACUUGGCUAUCUCACCAGGAGCGAUUUGGGGUUCAGCGUCUUGCAUAAAACUUUCUGACAUGUAUUUGCGGGUGCUGACAUCAACCGUUCUGGUUAAAGUCAUCUUAACUGUCCCACUGAGCCAAAGCCACCUCUAUGCUUUCAGUGUUCAUAUUUGCCGUGGACCCGGACCAUGAGUUAGAAAAGAAAGAGGGGAAAAAAAACAAACGUAUUGUAGUUGUUACUUAAUAUGACAGAAACAUUUGCUUGUUAGCAUUAAAUGUCUUAUUUCUUGUGUAUUCUGCAGGUGUUUGAUGAUGCUGAUGACUUGAAAAAUAAAGUCAAGCAGCUUGCUGAUGCAGUCAAAGAAGCCAAACACUUGGUCGUUUACACUGGAGCCGGAAUCAGUACAGUAUGUCAAGCUCUGCCUCUUUAGGUCCCCUUUUCUUUAAUUAAUUCAUUUAUUUUUUGGACUGAUGGUGUCUUUUUUUUUAUAGGCUGCUUCCAUCCCAGACUACAGGGGCCCUAACGGGGUGUGGACUCUGCUGCAGAAGGGGCGAACAGUCAGGUGAGAGAUCAAAUCUCCUGUACGUGGUUUGAUAAAUGCUGUGUAUUCUCUAAAUGCUGACUGCCGCUGUCAUCUUGUUUGAAACAGUUCCUCUGACCUGAGUAAAGCUGCGCCGACCCUCACACACAUGUGUAUAAAGAUGUUGCACAAAGAAAAGCUGGUAUGUGAAACCUUGGUUGUUCAUGUGGUCUACACUGAUGGAUGUGUCAUUAUUUCUCUUGUAUCCUCAUGUUUCCUGUAUGUUUGCUCUCAAGGUAAAACAUGUUGUUUCUCAAAACUGUGAUGGACUUCACUUACGUAGCGGACUGUCUAGACAAGCCCUGUCUGAGCUUCAUGGAAACAUGUUCAUUGAGGUAAGACACACUCAUAUUCUUCAUCUUCAAGCUUUCAGGCGUUAACUCACACACACACUGCUCCUGCCUCUUUUAUUGGGUGACCCUUACACGCUGUUUUUCGUCUUCUCACCAGGUGUGUACGUCCUGCUCUCCGGUUAGGGAGUAUGUACGUUUAUUUGACGUAACAGAACGGACGUCGCUGCACAGACACGGAACAGGUCGCAGCUGCAGACACUGUGGAGAUGAACUCAGGGACACCAUUGUGCACUUUGGGGAACGCGGGACACUGGAGCAACCUCUAAACUGGAAGGGGGCUGCAGAGGCUGCCGAGAUGGCGGAUGUUAUCCUCUGUUUGGGCUCCAGUCUAAAGGUAGGGGGUAUAAACCACAAUGUGCCAAAUGUAGUUCAAGAACUGAAAUGUAAUACUGUUGUAUUUCCUUAAACUCAUACUGAAAUUUUAAUUUCCCUUUAGGCAGAAUUGUUCUUUAAUAAAAUAAUUUACCUAGAAAGUGAAUACAUCUGUUUCACUCUUAUACUGGUAGAUAUAGACCUACGCCCAAUAAACACUUUUAAUAAUAUAACCAUAAGGGUGCGUUUUGUCCAGCUAAACUUGCAUGUUGUGAAACACUAGAUUAAUGAUCUCCUUAUGUUCUGUUUCUUAUCUUUGUAGGUGUUGAAGAAAUAUGCGUGUCUGUGGUGCAUGAACAGACCAGCAAACAAAAGGCCAAAACUCUACAUUGUAAACCUCCAGGUACAUUAAAGGGAUAUUCUGGCGUAAAUUUAGGUUAGGGUCAAACACACCAUAACACUGAGUUAGACAACCCCUUGAGAGAUGAAAGUUGCCGAUCGCUUGCUUCUCUAGUUAUACCAACCUCAACCAAAACGCCACUCUAGAGCCACAAAUAAUGCUCAGAACAGCACCUAACUUCAUCAACAGUACAUAUAGGGUCCCAGCCAUAGUACUAGCCACCAAACAUCUUUUUAGCUUUGCCUGAUUUCUUUAGCAAAGAGACUAAACACAACUCACCCGCUCUCUUCCAGCAGCCGCUUGUUUAUGGGGGGGGGCCUGACGAGUCAAUCACUGAGUGCAGCAGAUCAUUUCCAUGAAGUAUUAAUCAUCAUAUCAAUCAUUUUGCACUGCAGACACGGAAGUUCUUCUGCCUUAGCGUCUCAGUCUGAUUGCAUUUCCAUGAAGAAAUGAUCAUAAAUGUUCUUCCUUGAGCUGUGUAACCCCACUGUAGUCCGUAAUGGACUGGCCUGAGGUCUCCAUACAAACAAGCAGCUGCUGGAAGAGAGUGGGUGAGUUGUGUUUAGUCUCUUUGCUAAAGAAACCAGGCAAAGUCAAAAAGAUGUUCUAUGGCUGGGACCCUAUAUGUCCUGUUGGUGAAGUUAGGUGCUGUUCUGAGCAUUUUUUGUGGCUACAGAGUGGCGUUUUGGUUGAGGUUUACACAUGGAGACAUAGACCGCCGUGUAUUGCUAUCGUGCAGUCGUUGGUGAAGUUGGUAUAACUAGAGAAACAAGCAGUCGACAACAUUCAUCUCUCAAGGGGGUGUCUAACUCAGUGUUCUGGUGUGUUUGACCCUAACUUAAUUUUACGCUGGAAUAUCCCUUUAAGCUUUCUCUUUUAAGCUGAGCAAGAUGCAGAUGUAUUUCUGUCUUAUAUGUGGCUAAACACGUGGAUCUACCUUUGUUCCAGUGGACUCCGAAGGAUGACCUGGCUGUGCUGAAAAUUAAUGGCAAGUGUGAUGACGUUAUGAGGUUUCUAAUGGAGGAGCUGAGCCUUCAGAUUCCUGUAUAUGACAGGUAAGGACUUUAUGUAGUUAUUUGGGGAAUAGCUUUUCAAAUAGACUAGGCUGUUCUUGCUGCACAACUUAUUUAUUUGAGAAGAUGGAAAAUAGUAAAACAUUGUUCUUUUUACUCUGACAUUACUUGUACUCUAAGGUCUCUGCAGUAUCCCUUGCUUACUCAGACAAAUAAAACAGACAUGUUGAGCUUUAAGAUGUCUACUUCUGUCCCCGUAGAGUGGAGGACCCCAUCUUCAGUCUCGCUACACCCCUGCAGCCAGAAGAAGUUGACAGCUACACUCGUGAGGUCAUAGCUCCCCCUGAUGGCCAGGAAGACGGUUCACCUGACUGCAGGGAGCUGGCGGAGGAAGGCCAAGCUGUGCAGGGUGGCUGGUUUGGACGAGGUUAUGGCAAAGGGCGGAAGAAGAAGAAAGCUGCCUCAUCUUAAGGACACAAAUGAUGACGUAUAUGAAGAUUUCAGGCUCAUCAUGAGGAUGAGACAAACUCCAGGGUGCUGUUACGCAUUGGUGUCAAUUUGCCAAAUGCAGUUUGUGUGUUUUGAAGCGUGUGUGAGAAAGAAACGGUGAUAUUUAGAUGACACUUUGCAACAUCAACAUAUUCAUCCUACAGUUUAGAUUAAUCAGCCACAUCUCAAAGUGGCUUUGGGCGGCUGAUACCAAAAUACAACCUCAUUUAGCAGUGUAACCUGGGGCAUGUCGCUCUAGUACAAUUUUACGUCAAAUUCAACAAACACUCCCUUACAUUCUUCCAGCCGUCUGCUUUGUGUUUGCUGAAGUAAAAGCAGUGUUUGAACACUGACUCCUGAAAGAAUGACAGCAGAGCUCAGAGACGGUUGAACUCUGUUAGUUAUAUGUUUAACUUAUUUGAUGUGCAACAUGCUGCUGGAUUUAACACUAUCUAGAUGUUGAUUCUGAUGCAGGAGGAUAUUGUUUUUUUGUUCAAUUGAAGUGAAGAGGUGGAAGAAACCAGAAGAAAAUCAGCAGUAAACUGGAGACCAGUUCCUGCCGCUGAGCUGUACAGCCUUAACUGGUUAGAGAGUCAGUUUAUACAUGUUCUUUUUUUGAGCGCCAGACAUUUUUUAAUUUUUACAGGUGAUUUCAAAUGUUGCUGAAUGUAGCAUUUUGUGUUGAUGUUUGUUUUAAUGAAUUUGUUUACUGAAAUGAUUAGCUAAGCUAACAUUUACCUUAGCUUCACUGUCACCUCACCUCAGGUUUGCAGGCUCUGUAGUACAGCUACUACUUUGCACGUUUUUGUUUACUCAGAUUAUUGAAUUUUCCUACCGUAUGUUUACAUCUAAAACAUGGUGCAGAUGCUCUGCUGUUGUCGCUUAUUUUAUGUACAGCAGUGUAAGAAGAAGUCAGUUUAUGAGAAAAUAUUACUCAAACUUUAAGUUCUUUGUUUUCCUUCUGUCAGUUACUGUUUGUUCUCUUAAUAUGUCUCAGGAAGAAUUGGCGUUAAUAAUAAUGUCAUCGUUCUUUACUGUGUUAGAUACCACAAAAGUCAUUAUGUGUCUGUGUUAAGCAUUCCUAACGCUCGAGCCAGAGGUCAAACUGGAUGUGAAUACUCUGGUUUUGUUGUAUUUUGUUUAAAAAAGGUGUUCUAUUUCUGAAACAGUAAAUUGUUUCUGUUUUUUAUUCCCAGAGUUUACAAUUGUACAUGCCAUAAACCUUGAAUUCAUAUGCUUUGUUAUAUUUGCAGUAUUUUUAUUGUUGCACACUUCAUCAGUAGACUUGACAGCACCCUAGACUAACCUGUUCUAUUUUGCAAUUUGUUCUCAGUCAUGCAAAAGGUGAUGGUCUGUGCCUUCAUGUUUCCUAAAGAUUGAUCAAAAAUUAAUCUCUUCUUGUAAUUGAAACUAGAUGACCCGUGAGAUGAUAUCGUGUAGCUGCUUUAGAGGCUUAUGACCUACCUUACUUACAAACUUUGUCUGUGCAUCAAAAAAAUCAUUGUAGCAAUUUCAGUUCAGUGAUAAAGUUUUAUUAAGGGGCACAGUGUAAAGUUAACUACUGAAACUUGUUUUCAUCAAUGUAAUAAUCAAUAUCUGAUUCACUGAUGUAAAAAUACAUCACGUCCACUUUAUAGAUUCUACUUGAAAAGAAACCAUUGAGACACCACUCCCCCUACUGCUCUUCUGCCAGUGUCUGGGUUGUAUUUUUGUUUGCUUUUUCCAACAAUGUACUGUCAUAUUAUGUCAAUCUUUUUUUUUAUAUGAUAAACUUUGAUUUGAAAACAUUUUA